AUGUCUUCAUCUGUCAUUCAACUAGAGUGUCAAUGCAACAACUACCCGUGGGGAAAGAAGGGCAAACAAUCACUAGCUGCUCAGUUUGCAGCUUCAACUCCAGGAGGUCACUUCAAGCUCGAUGAAUCUAAAGAGUAUGCCGAGAUGUGGUGUGGAACCUAUCCCACAACCCCCUCUCUUAUCCUUUCUAGCGGCGAAGACCUCCAAAAACACCUCAACGCCAACAAAGAAAAACUCAUGGGAAAGCCAAUCCUCGAAAAGUUCGGAACAGAUCUUCCCUUUCUCCCCAAGAUCCUCUCAAUUGCCAAAGCCCUCCCCCUUCAAAUCCACCCCGACAAAGACCUCGCAGCGCGCCUCCACAAAAAAGAACCCUCCAAAUUUAGCGACGAGAACCACAAACCCGAAAUCGCCGUCGCGCUCUCCAAAUUCGAAGUCUUCGUCGGCUUCAAACCGCUCCUCGAGAUCCAAGGCCUCUUCACCUCGAUCCCGAUCCUGAAAUCCCGCUUCACAAAUGAAUCUCAGUCGCAUUUCAAUGCGGAGACGUUGAAGGGGAUCGUUGGCAAGAUACUUUCUGCUAGUGAUGAGGAGAUUGUAGAGGUUUAUGAGACAUUGAGAAACACUCCUAAGAAAGCUUUUGGGAAGCACACUUAUAUUCCUGAAUUGCUGCCGCGACUGGCGGAGCAAUAUGAUAAAAGCGAUCCCGGAAACUUGGUGGCGCUACUUACAAUGAACUUUUUGGUUUUGAAGAAAGGAGAUGCGAUUUAUGUUCCGGCAGAGUAA